AUGCAUGUACUAUUCGAAAUUUCCUUGCCUCCGGAUGUUAUCCUUUGCUCUGUUCCAGGUCACAGUAUCUCUUCGGAUGUGCGUAUGACGGGCUUCCGACUGGGUUGUGGCGGCAAGAAAGACAAGCUUUCGCCGCCCGGGGCAAAGCCGACAGCGCUAGUAGAUGAGGUUUCGGCACCCCGCGGUUUCGGCAUUCGCAGUUACUUGCACAACUUCUAUCUAUCCCCAACAGUAGAAGAUAUCGAGCAGAGCGGGGCGUGGUACCUUCUCCCUCCACCACCGGCUCAACGACGUGGACUGUUCAUCUGCCGUCUAUGCACUGUAAUAGGACUACUACUUCUGAUCGGCGGAGCUGUCUCUAUCGUGGUUGGCUACACAUGGCCUCACGAAGGUGUCGAGCAGAGCAUAUACAAGAUCGUAAUAUACGAGGAUGAAGAUGGAGGAUACUACGUUCCACAGGACAAACUGCGAGAAAUGCUUCGCGACCCAAUGAGACUAUGGAAGACUGCAGGCUUCUGCGUAUUCGCCUCUGGUGCUGUACUGCUUGCUGUAUCGCUAAUCGUGCCAACAUUGGCUGCAUGUAUUGGAUCCAAAAGACUUGCCGGUUUUAUGAGUGAAGAUAACUCUCCUAACGAACCACCUGUACGUAUAUAUCCCCAGGAAAAGCCUUCCGUAUCACACUCGAGCGGUCCUUUCAACCUGGCGAGAAAACCACCCCCACUGGACUGCUCGACUCUGACAAGGCACCCCUUGUACACUGAGCGAAGCUACAUUCGUUCACCCUACUCUCUCCUAUCUACCGGUCCGUGCGCUGUCGAACUAGAGCUGUCCAGAUAG